AUUUUCUUAUUUUCUAUUUUCUUAUUAUCAACAUCUGAAUUGAUAAUCGAAGCGAUCUAUCAUUAUAACAUAUUGUCAUUGUCAUUGUCAAAGUCAGCUCUCUCUCUCUCUCUAUAUAUUGUAUGGAUUUUAUAUUUAUGAAUUCCCUUCCCCAACAAACCCACUUAGUCAAAAUUCUUACACUAUACUAUAAAUAACAAAAAAUAUUACAGCUAGCUGAGGUGAGGUGCUCCCACGCACAGUAUACUUACUUGUAUGUAUCACUAUCACCAUAUAUUAUAUUAUUAUAUAUAAAUAACCCUUGUAUUAUAUUAUAUUAAUUCUUCUUCUAUGUAUGAUAUGAUCUCCUCUUAACUCCCUAUUCCCCGUUAACCUCCACGCAGGAGUUAUAUUAAUUUAAACACCACCACCACCAUCAAAUCAAAUCAAAUCAAAAAUUAAUAUAGUAUUUUAAUUAUAUAUAUAUAUAUAUAUAUAUAGCAUAUACUCCGUUAUCGAUGGGUAUUAGUAUUUGAUCUGUGGAUGGGUCUCCACAGCGUAGCCUCUGCUCUGCUGCAGGCAGGAAGAGGAAGGCUGACAGUUAUGUAAAUCAAUUAAUUGGAUGGCGAUGGCGACUGAUGGGAAAGAGCAAAUAAGCUGCAAGAAGAAGAAGAAGAAGAUGCUGAAAAAGAGCAUAUUUUGCUGCAGUAUCUUGUCGGCGGGUUGUUGUGGCUGUGGAUCCAAAGGUGUCGUCGGCGAUCCCAUCUUGCCGGAAAUCAUUAUCAAGAGAGCUGCUCAGGCCGCCGGGAAGACAACCGCCAUUCUUGCUCAACCUCUCGCUGCCAAAUCACUGCUCCCUAAUAAUUAUAAUAAUAAUAUUAAUAAGCAGAGAUGGAAGAUGUUUGGGGUCAAGGACAAGGACAAGGACAAGGACAAGAAAGAGGCGUGGAAACCGGGGCCGGCAGCAGGCGCAAAAAGCGAGCGUAAAAAGCGCGGGCACUCAUCAGUCGACCAAGGCAGGAGGUGCUGCCCCUGCACGACGACGACUAAGCUGUCGCAUUCAGCAGCCUCCCUCCCGUCGCCAUGGAAGAAAGAGGAUUCGGAUUCGGAUUCGAUGGUGGGGGCGGCGACGCUGACGGUGACGGUGACGCUGACACUCAUAAUUGUGGUGGUGUGCGGUAAGGCGUGCGCCAUUCUCUGCACGGCGGCCUGGCUCUACUUCAUUCCCCGCCUCCACUACAGAUCAUUGCCAAUAAUGGACAUGAAUAAUACUAAUACUAAUAAAAUUAGAGGGGAAUUAUUGGUUGAUUUGGAUUCGUGGGAGUACAAGAAUAAGGUUGUUCUACGAGGAUUGCUCCAAAGGGAUCAUCACCACCAUUUGUGACCGCCCAUCGUAUUGUUUAUAUAUGAUAUGUAUAGUGUGGCGUGUAUAAUUUCUUGUGUUUUUGUAUCUAACAAUUAAUAUC